UCUCGGUCGGGGGCCACGAUUAUCCAGAAACGCGGCAACGUCCCGAUGCGUCGUCGCUGCAGGCGCGCGGCAACGGUACACCGCGUCGAUCGCCCGUACCGCCGCCGGCUACGAAACAAGUGUCUGUGUACAAGAUGGCGGCGCCCGGAGCAGCUCCCACCGUCGCGGAGAUCGCCAGGAAGCAGCAGCGUCGGGCGGCAUCGGAAGCAGCAGACGCGGCGCGGCCGCAGCGACGAGCGUGAAGCGAGUCGAGUCCCCAUUCGAUUUCCGUAGCUACGGGCAACGCGCCCAGCGCUCUGUGCGUGUCAAUUCGUUAUACGAGGACCACGAAACCAACCACGUCGACGACCCGUCCUGACCGGUGAGGCGCGGCGCGGCGCGGCUCGCAUCAUCAUCAUCAUCAUCGUCAUCAACGGGCGGCGUCAUGCAGCCCGAGGAACGGAAGAGGAAGCUCGACGCGUAGCCUGGGCCAAGUGUGCUCGGCGAAGGCAGGUAGGUAGGUAAAUAUUUCGAAGAGGACGACCAGAGGUGUGGGCCUUAUCUGUGGGAUAGAGUGAGAAGGCGAGUGAGAAGGAAGGAGAGAGACAGAUAGAGACAGAGAGAGAGAGAGAGACAGAGUGAGAGAGAGAGAGAGAGCGCGCGGAGUCUGCUGCCAGUUCGUCCCCGGGCAGCGGUUGGGAGAUUACGUUGUCUCGUCGUCGUCCAUCAUAGUUUUUCCAUCCGUCCGUCCGGCCGGGAGGAUACUAGGUAGUCGCAACGUUGUGGCGUCACUCCCAUCCGAGGACGACGCUGCGGGACGAUCGUCGGUGAAUUUGGUCUCGAGAUGGCGACGACGACGACGACGACGGCGGCGACGACGACGACGACGUCUUCGUCGGUGCCGAUGGAACGGAAGAAGUCGUACCACGAUCUCUGUCGGCUGUGCGCGUCCCACGACAACAUCAGCAUGCACAUUUUCGGCGAGGAAGGCGUGAACCGGCAGCUCGUCGACAAAAUCCAGACCUGCCUGCCGUUCAAGAUAGAGGAGGACGAUCGUCUGCCGAAAGUUCUGUGUUAUCGAUGCAUGUACAAUUUGGAAAAUUUUUACGACUUCAGAACCGCGUGCGUGAACGCGGCCGCCUGGCUGGAAAGAAACAGGCCCAAGGAAGGCGCAAACGAUGACGGUGCAAAUAAUAGCACGCAGUGCAGCGAGAUGCACGCGGAGCUUCUCAAGGGAAAGGAAAAUAUGCCAAUACUUAUCCCGGAGGCGCCUGUGGUUAAUCCGAAUGCCGCGUUAGGUACACCGCCGAGAUUGAAUUCUGACGGUGAGGCCGAGGUCGAAGAGAUUCUCGAUGCGAGCGAAGGUACGGAUGAAGUGCUCGAUGAUUCGACGGAGGAUCGACGUUCGGAGAUGGAUUACGAAGACGGAUACGAGAUGGACAUGGAGACGAAUCCCAGUGAUUUCUUAGAAAUGACGCCGAUGGUGACCGAGGAAAACGAGGAAGAGUGCAGCGCGAAUAAUACGAGCGCCGUUGCCGGUCAACAAGAUGCCACGGUCGUCUUCCCACCUACGUCGCAGCAGCACGAGGUCUAUGUGUGCUCUCUGUGCAACAAGGCGUUUAGCUCCAAAGGUCAUUUGUCACUGCACGCGAGGAUUCAUGUGGGCGAGGGUGAUGUGAUCGGCGAAAGGGUCAUCACCGACGAUCAUACCUCGUAUCAACGACCGUACCAAUGCGAUCUCUGCCACAAAUCGUAUUCUACCGCGAAACAUCGCUGGGGACACGUUUCUACGACACAUAGGGGACAUCCUGCGGUAACGUGUAAGUACUGCUCGCGCAUAUACUCGACACGAUACAACCUGGAGGAGCAUAUAAAAUCCCGACACGCCGGUCUAGCGCCACCUCCGGAAGUAUCGGUGUCCUUUUCCCGCGCGGAGACACGUUAUCAAUGUCAAACGUGUCCGACGGUUUAUAAAGAUCUGGCAGAUUUCAACGCGCAUCGUCAGAUAUGCGAGGAGCAACGCAGCGCCGAUCUAUUAGGGCAAGCCGACGCGCAGAACAAUAAGAGUGUAAUCGAUGUGUCCGAUAUGUCGAGUAUCGUAGACUCGGAUGACGAGAACAAAGACUUCAGGAGUGCCGAGGCUAAACUGGCCAAGAAUCCAAACUUGACUAUAUUGAAACACGCGUUGACUAAAGGAGACAGUUUAAAACGGAAUUACGACGAUGAUGGUUCAACGUCGAGUUGCAAGACGAGAAAGAUGGUCAAGAUAGAAGGUGAGACGAAUCCUGAGAUAAAAAGGUGGUAUUGCGAAUAUUGUCCACAAAGUUUCACAUCGGUGGACAGUUUAAAGUUGCACGAAGUUAGGCACGACGCCGAGAAGCCGUUUGUCUGCAUACUAUGCAAGAAGGAUUUCGCUUUGAAAUCUUCAUUGAUAAGGCAUAUCCUGACGAUACACGGCGUCGAUCCUACUCCUAUCAUUGACAACGACAAGUGUCUAAAGACAUCUGUGAUGCCUCAGAAUUGGAAUCGAAUGGAUGUCAGCGUUUACGAGCAGAACGAAAUAAAGGAACCACCGGAGUUUUCGUCGUCACCUGAGGUAAAUUUGGACAAUGAUGACAAAGACUCGAAAAACAAUCACGAGAAUAUUGAAAUCGAAACAGUAUUUAUAUGUGAGAUUUGUACGAGAGACUUUAAUGAUCGAGCGUCGUUAUGGUUACACAUGCGUGCAACGCAUAAGGAACUUGCUGCAUUCGCCUGUGGAGUGUGUUUAAAAAUAUGUUCCGAUAAUACACAACUCCAGAGUCAUCUUUACAUGUACCACGGAAAAUCCAAGCUUUUGAUAUCGGAACAAAGAAGGUACAGCUGCACGAUAUGCGGCAGGCAGCACGAUUCAAGAAAGAAGCUAAUCGCUCAUGUCUCGAUACACAAUAUCGACUCUGGGCUUGAUCCUGCAAUUUUUGUACAAUUAAACAGUAAUUAUUAUAACGAGAAUUUAAAUGGUACCGAAGGAAAUGAGCAAGUAAUAGAUUUUGAUGCAGAAGAUAGCGAGAAAGUCGAUUGUUACAUUUGUUAUAAAUCUUUUCCAAAUGAGGAUCACCUUAUACGACAUCAGAGAAAUGCGCAUAAGUCCGAACAGAUAAUUUCGUCGGGAGACGCCGCGGGAAGUGGAAACGCUGCGAAUGUCAACGGCACCGGUAACAGGGCGCAGUAUCAUUUAUUUUUCGUUUGCGAAAUCUGCGGUAGCUCUCAUUCGAGCAAAUGGGAACGCUGGUUGCAUAUCAACAACAUGCAUAGUAACGAAUCUUCCAUCAAGUGUGAAUAUGAAAACUGCGGGAAGAUAUUCGCAACGAAAUUGUUGCGUAAUGACCAUUGUCAGCAUCAUUUGAUCCAAGGUCCGUCGCCGAACACCUGCGAAAUAUGCGGGAAAUUGUGGCCUACCCGUGUCGAUUAUUGGAAACACGUGAUGGGCGUCCACGCGGACAUGGUGCCCCUGAUCUGUGGCGUUUGUCUGAAAGUAUUUUCCGACGUGAUGCAGUUAAGUGCCCACGUUAAGGCGAAACAUUGGCCACUGACCAGUGGUGAUUUCAGCUGUGAUAUUUGCGGUAGGCCGUACUCCAAUAAAUCAAAAAUGUCCCGGCAUAGAAAGAUCCACGGUUUGGAGGUGGCAGCAGCAGCGGCGGCAGCUGCAGCGGCGGCGGCGGCGGCGGUAGUCGCGGACGUCGCGUGUGAUAACAGCAACCUGAACGAGCCGACCAACGAAUCGAUCAAGCUCGAGCAUGGCAACAAUAGAGCUGUAGACGUAAAAUUGAAAUGCGAACAGUGCCCCGAGCACAAGUUCACGACUCUGGACAGUUUACGUAAUCAUCGUCGGGUGGUGCACAAUCUCUUCCCAUGCGAUCUAUGCGUUAAGUAUUAUGGUAGGACGUCGCACUUGUGGAAACAUGUGAACAGAGUGCACAAGGGUCACCCGGACGUGACUUGUCCGUACUGUGCGAAAACGAGCGCGUCGAGGGAUCAUCUGGCGGCGCACAUUGCCAAGAUUCACAGGUACGUACCCACCAUGGGUACCAAGGACAAUCAAAACUGUAUCGUUUCCAAGUCCUUGAGUAUGGAGGACGGUGUCUUGCAUUACUGCGAAAAGUGUAACAAGGGAUUCCAUAAGCGUUACCUGCUCCGACGUCAUAUGAAGGGUUGCCAAAACUAUCGUAAGGAUCCUGGAGCGUUAUUGACCCGCUGCCGAGCCUGCGAGAGGAUAUUCAAGGAUCGCGCGAGUCUGCAGAAGCACAUCGAGAAUCACCACAGCACCUACACCUGCCAUUUGUGCAACGAGACCAUCACCUCCAAGCUGGGUAUCAUGACGCACAAUCGCGUCAAUCACAUGGAUCACCCGGAUCUGACGUGCGACCAUCCAAGCUGUAAGAAACUUUUCCGCACCAAGGAGGAUCUCGAGUCUCAUCGCAAGGAUCACAAAUAUCACAGCAACCCGAACGUUUGCGAUUUCUGCGGUGACACCGUGGAGAACAAACUCAAGUUGAAGAUGCACGUAUUAUCAUUACAUCGGAACGAGAUCGGCGUGUCCUGUGGUGUCUGUCUCAUUCCUAUGAAGGAUCCGAAAGACUUGAAGAAACACGUCGAGGCAGAGCACAGCAGCGUUCUUUCCAAUCCGAAUACGUGUCAGGUGUGUGGCAAGCAGUACGCGUCCAAGUGGAAGGCUUUCGAUCACACGAAGAAGUGUCAUGGAAAAGUUUUUCUCACGUGCAAGCAGUGCUUAGCAGUUUUCACGGACGAGAACGAUAUACGCGAUCACUACGAACAUGUGCACAACGUUUCAAAGGACCAAUUAGCCGUAUAUGAAUAUAGAAUGGACAUGAGCGCGAAGAGGGAAGACUACGAGACGCCCGAUAUCAUCGUGAAGGAGGAACCGGACGAUCUCGAGUACGACGAGGAGAUGUGCGACGAGAGCUCGAACGAUUCCCGCAAACGCAGACGAUCCCCGAAUGACACGUACGAUUGCGAAAUGUGUCCCGAGAUCUUCCUCAAUUCCGACACACUCGCCAAGCAUUAUCAGAACGUUCACAACACCGAUCCCGUUCGCAUGUUCAAGAAGUUCAAGAAAAAUGACAAGCGUAAAAUGAGAAACAGAAGCAACUACGAGUGCAAGAAUUGCAACAAGAAUUUCUCCACCAAGACCCUGUUCUGGAAUCACAUCAACGCGUGCACGCGACGCAACUCGGUAUGUAGAUUCGACGUCCCGAACAAUACAAUUCCGACGUCGAUUCUGGAGUCGCAUCUGAAGAACAACAACCAGAUCCAGCGAGAAGAACCGCUGACGAACGAAUCCAACUUGAACAUUCCCGACUUCAAUCUGUUCGAGGACAUCAAUCUGCAAUUGUCGGCCCAGAAACCGGUGCCGAAUCUCAUGCCGUUAUCGCACGUCAAGUCCACCGGGAAUGGCAAGUGCUCGCGGAAAGAUUCGCGCAAGGUGUACGACGAGACGACGAAUACCGAGUGCACGUGCGAGGUCUGCGGUAAACAGUGGCCCGCCAAGAAGCACCUGUGGCAGCAUCUGAUUCGCUUUCAUCGCGCCGAAGCCGCGGUCACCUGCGGGGUCUGUCUGAAACUGUGCAAGUCUUAUCAAGACCUGAGCGAUCACCUGAAGGCCGAACACGCCCCUGUGUUGUCGCCGGAGGGCAACAAUUUCACGUGCAAGACAUGCGGCAGGUAUCACAACGCGAGAAGCAAACUACUGCUGCACAUGAGCAUUCAUAUCAAUUACUGCCGGUGCGACAAGUGUCAGCAGAGUUUCUCGAGCGAGGAGAAGCUCGCCGAGCACGCGGCGAGCUGCACCGGAAUCUGCAAGUCGGAAUUUGAGAAUCACGCGGCGACGGCGGAUGCCGAAGACAACGCGAAGAACGACAACGAUGAGAAGGGUAGCUUGAUUGCCGACGAAACAUCGGCCAUCGAAGAGGAGGUCGAAGCGGAUUUCGAGUCGGAGGGCGAAGAGGGUAGCAGAAGCAUCCAGAACGAGGAGAACAACAGCGAGGAGGACAAUUCGGAUAGCGACGACUCGGAUAGCGACAGUAGUUCGAGCGAGAACGAGGAGGAAGAAGAGGAGGAGAAGCAAGAGGAGGAGGAAGAGGAGGAGAAUGAAAACGAGUCCGACUCGGACACGAGAAGCUCGAGCGCCGCGAGCGGCGACAGUAGAUGCAAUUCCGAAAGCGAAGACUCGGACAUGGAGGACGUGCACGUGAUGCGGAAGGAAACGAUGCAGUACGACGAAGAUAUCGAUAGGUUCAGGAUACAAGAGAACUCGUCGGCGAUGGAGAAGUACGAGGAUCAGAGGACCGUUUCCGUCAUCGCGGCGGCGGAGCAGAAUAAACAGAGUAAUUUGAAUAACUUACUGAUUUCCGACGCACCUGCGAACGCAGACAAAUUUAAGGCGAUGCGUCUUCAGGAAGCCACUGCAGCUAGCGACUUCUCUAAUGAUAACGAGAAUGAUAAUGAGGAAGAUGACGAAGAGGAAAAUAAUGAAAAUGACGAAGGAGAUGAGGGAGAUGAGGGUGAAGGUGAAGGUGAAGGUGAAGACGAGGGUGAGGGUGAAGAUGAUAAUGAAGACGAAGAGGAAAGUGAAGGUGAAGGUGAGGGUGAAGGUGAAGGUGAAGGUGAAGGUGAAGGUGAAGGUGAAGGUGACGUUACGAGCGAGGCCGAGGCUGAAAGUGAAGAUGAAAAUGACGGCGAAAAUGACGCUAAAGGUGAGGCGGAAGAAGAAGAAGAAGAAGAAGAGGAGGAAGAGGAAGAAGAAGAGGAAGAAGAACAGGAGGAAAACGAUGAAGACGACGACGACGGCCCGCCUGUGCUGAGUCCGAUAAUGCCUUUGUUGCCGGAAAACGAGUCUGAAGAGCACAGCAAUACGAUGGAUCGUACAAGGCAUAAGCUUAGUCCGAUGAUAUCGCUGAAUAUGGACAAGUUGAUGGAAGGAUGCGAGAUAACGGAGAUUAAAACUGACGGGGAGAACACAGCCGCGCCGUCGAACGAGUCCAAUUUCUUCGCGGCUAACAACAACGAUCUGCCGGUGACCUGGGACGAGGAUGAUGAACGCGAUUGCGAUUCCGACGCCGGGGACAGAGGAGGCGUGAUGGUGGUGAAGAACGAGGAGUUCGCCAAGAGGAGCGUCAACGAGCUGGAGGGCGACGACUACCAGGAAGAUUCCGCGGAUGAGAACGUCAUGGACGAUGAUAGGGACGGUGGUAGUGGGGAUCAGGUGCACGAGAUACAUAGCCUAGACGGGACAGUGUUAAUGAUGACUAAUGACGCGGAAGGUAAUCCGAUUUUGAUACAGCAUAACAUGUUAGGUAUCGAUAACGAGGACUCUAACGCCGAAGUGGCACAGUAUAUUUACCCAGAGAACACUUACGAGAUCGAGGAAGAGGGAGACGAAACCGACGUCACGCAGACGGCUGAGAUACAAGGUAUGUCCUACGUUCAGGUUCAGGAUAUGUCGGAGAACGAGGACGACGACAGCACGGGGGAUGAGAACGUAGAGGAGAAUAGUACUGACGCCCAGAAAUAAGAGUAGGGAGACGACGAGUGCCAAAACGGGGAAAGAGAGAUAUAUCUAUAGGGUAUAGUAAUUAGAAUUCUGUAAUAAAGUGUAAGAUAUAAUUAUAAUACAGACCUUGGGACUGAUCGAGACUCUUGCGAAAAACACGUCAUAUGUACCUUGAAAAAAAAAAACAAAACGAAACAAUAUUGUACAGUAGAUUUUAAGCGAAGAGAGGAGUAGUUUGUAACUUCGGGGGAUUUUUGAUAGAUUAAGCGUAAGAGAUUACGAUUUUCACACGAGAGAGUAGAUGUUUUGUUUUUAUCGAUCUGCCAGAGAUGCGUCGUGUAAACACCCCAGGUAGCAAGUAUGUCAUUUUGACGUUUAAUGACGUCAGUUUGUUGCUUGGGACAAUUUCGCGAAACGUUGCAAACUUCCGAGAGAGAAAAAAAAAACAAAAUACAGCUAAUCGUUUCGCAAAAUAAAAUACGAUUUUGAAUCAUAAUAUAUACGUGUGUAUAAGUAUCGCGUUAUGUGUAAAUUAUCGAGAGCUACAGUUUACGAUACACCUUUUUUUUAUGUUCCCGAUCUAUUAUUUUAUCAUCGAUAAAGCACUUUUUUGACAAUAAUAUAUUUCGACUAUAACCCACGCGCGACUAAUAAUUACAUAUAAAUGCCAUCCGUUAGAGGGUAGGAUGCGAAUUAUGAAUGAAUUUAAUUGUGUCACGUGUUUUUGAAAAAAGAGGCAAGAUCAAAGUCCGCAAAUUAAAAUUCUUAAAUUUUCUUUAAUUAUACGGUUGAUGAUUUUAAUCGUCUAGUAGAAAAUGCGAUCGUGCAUCAAGUAAAAAAAGCCAUGACAAUUGUAUUAUUGUAAAGAAAUAUGAUUGCCGAAUUAUUACAGAGGCGUAUAAACGUGCUCGAUCAAUUUCUUUCAAUUAAAAACCUAAUUUCGAAUUCACUUUUCUGCGUGCAUUUGUUUUAGCGAAAGAUGAUCAUGAAACUGUACCAACAAACACAUGACAAGCCAUCAAUCUCUAUUGUCUGGUAUAAAUAAAGUAAUACUAUAAUAACGGAAGCAACAAGUACCAUCCACACACAUAUUUCGAGAUAGAUUUUAAACGUUUCCUAUAUCAGGAUUCUCUGUUUCUUAGCGUGAAUAUAUGAAAAAGAAGCGAAAAUCGUACACCUUCGCUAUAUUUUUAUGGAAAAGUGAUAUAGAAAGAAAGAAACGAAGGAGUUUUAUGUAUAUAAUAGCUUUAAAACGAUCAAUCUGUACAGUUAUGUAAUG